GUUGUAUCCCUCGUUGCAGAGGUAUCCAUAAGACGAGUCAAUGAUGCUGAUGGUCACAUGUCGAAGACAUUGCAUUCGGUAUUCACGGACACAUACGUUGAACUUCGCUAUCAACCUGAAAUCAAGAAUGAAGGGGAAGAAGAAGCAGUGGCUUUUUCUUUGAGAUUAUUCAAAAUGAGUGAGCUCUCAAAUUCCCACACCGAAUCAGCACAACACUUCCGCUUCUCGGCGCCCAUCCUUCCGUGCCCAGCCGUCAAGGAAAGGGUAAAACGAAAGGUAAACGGAGUAAGUUGCCAGGGUCUCUAUAAAACCCAAAUUUGA